AUGGAUACGCUCAAAAAGGAGCUGCAAGUGAGGAGCCGCAUAAUGGACAUAUUCAACAAACGGGAAGAUGAGUUCCCAUCGAAGAAGGAGUUCAACGAUUUUUUGGAGGAGCGUGAGGACAUCAUUUUCAAUCUUACCCAGGGAAUCGACACAGCUGCAAUGGAGCUGAAGGUUGCCGAAUACAAACGCAAAAACCAGAGCAGCAUCCAUGAGAACAGAAUAAGAAAGUUGGAGGAUCAGAGGGCCAAGGCAGAGCCUGCACAACGGCAAGGGGUUGCUGCUGAGCUCCUAAAGAAUGGUGCAACCUCUCUUGCCAAGGCGGGUGAUGUCUUGACCUACAAGCCUUCCAUGCCGACAGCAAGCUUUGUUGGUGGUGGGCCACAGCCCAGUGCGAAUGUGAUCAGUGAUAGAGACAUCAAGCAAAACACAGGACCAAUGACCAGUGAGCAAUGGGAUGCCAUGGCCAGCGCGAGCGGCUGGCGGAGCGAUACCUAUGUCAAAUUUGCUACGGACUAUGCGCUGGAUUCGUUGUUCUGA